ACCCCAAAAUGGAAUCUUCGUGUAUUAGCAAAUUACUCGGAUUCCGACAGAUUGCGCAGGAAAAGCUUCAGCAUAUCUUCUAUUCCAUACCAUCGGAAAAGGAUUUCAUCAUCGAACCGGCACUAAUCAAACCGCUGGAGCAUGUAUGCGGAGCAUCCUGGUUGAGGAAGAAAGGCAUCGAUAAGAUAUUUAAAUUCGACCCGAAAAAUCCACCCCCAAAGAGGAAACAAUUCGUUUACUUUAUCACCUCAAAUUUGCUUACAUUCAAAAGCGUAUUGGACCAAAUCAGUGGUUACCAGAGCCAAACGAGUAGCCUGAUGGAACCGGACAUACGUAACAAACAGUACCACGUGCUGGUGCUACCAACGGUGCUGGCCAGUUUCGAACACUUGCUGGAGGAAGAAGGUCUGCAUGGCGUGGUUGAGCUGUACAAUUUCCAGUGGGACUUUCUGCAGCUGGACGAAUCGAUCCUUAGCCUCGAGCUACCAAACGUGUUUGCCGAUGUAUUCGUACGCAAGGAUACAACACCGCUCGGUUCGAUCGCGCAAAGCAUACGCAUCUUUAAUCUCGUUAUGGGCAAACCACAUUUGGUUUUUAGCUUGGGAGAGAAUGCGGAGAAGAUACUGCAAAUGGUGCAGCGCAUGGAAUCCGACAAGCGGCAUGUAAUGGCUUCAUCCAGCGCGGGGAAAGACAACAGCAAAGCCGCACCAAAGGAAGCAAAGGAACCCGAGUAUGCGGCAAUGCUGAUACUGGACCGUGAUCGGGACUAUCCCGCCUGCUUGCUGACACCGGUCGUGUACUGUGGGCUACUGCUCGAAAUACAGAAUCUCAACUCCGGUUCGCUCUCGGUGGACGGCGAUAGUAACAAAAUCAAGCUCGGCAAACUGGCUUUUUUGCAACAACAGCAAGACCUAACGCAGCACGAGAACGCAUCGAAGCAGGAAGCUACUAGCUUACGCAUGAGCGGAACACAGGAUAUGAUCUAUCUCGAGCACAGAUAUCGCCACUUCUCCGAGGUCAUCAGCUUGCUUAGUGCGCAGGCCAAAACCCUCGGCUUGGAGGGGAAGGCAUACACGCGGGAAAUGAAGCUUCAAGAAAUGAAGGACUACGUCACGAACAAGCUGCCGAAGGUGGCUGCCGCCAAGAAGGAGCUGUUCAAACAUCUACGCCUGUGCGAGACGAUCGUGGAGGAAAUUGGAGCAAAUUUUGAGAAGCAUCAAAUGAUCGAGGAAAGCAUUCUAACCAACACGAACCGGAAGCAAAUAAUGAACUACAUUCUCGAGCUGUUAAGCAGCGAUGCGCACAAGUACAACACGUUGCGGCUGAUCUGUCUGUACCACGUUACGAUAGGGUUGACCGGGGAAGAUAUGACGAAGCUGAUGACCGCCUACCUAAACGCGUUCGGCUAUCGCUACCUUGCCGUAUUUUACAAUCUGUUCCAGGCGCGCCUGUUCCCGGACACAACGAAUCUCAGCAAAACGAAAAUCCUCUCGCAAAUCUCUAUUCCCACCAUGAAGACACCGUUUCAGAUUGAAGCGAACAAAUUAAAACAGUUGCCUACGGACGCGAACGAAUCCGUUCCGGGAACUGCCGGGAGUGACCGUGACGCAGGCCUAGCAGGUGUCGCAUCGGGUGGCAUCAAUGUGGGAGGAAAGGCCUGUUCCAGUUACGUAUUCAACGGUAAUUACAUUCCACUAAUAACACAGCUUACGCACAUGAUAUUUGCCGCCUCUAGCUUCGACCAGCUCAACACCAGAUUAGGCCACCUGGAACGGCUGAAGGUAUCGGGACGCGUACUGCAAGGAAGCAACCAACCGUCGGUUGACACGUUCGCUUCACCCAAAACGAUCAAGGAGCUGUCGGCCAGCAGCCAUAAAGCAGCGUUAAAUCAGCUGUUUCCGUUCCAGGAGAAAACGAUGUUCAUCUUCAUCGUUGGUGGAAUUACGUAUGCGGAGAUAGCUGCAUGCCACUUGCUCGAGCGCACGCUGGGGGCCAAAAUUGUGCUUUCUUCCGAUCGCAUCAUUGCAGGGCACGAUCUGAUAGAAAGUGCAGUAAAUUGUUAACAUAUUCCAAUACAGUUGUUAAAGUAGUUACGGAUUCCCUUUUUUUAAUUGUCAAGUGCCACAAGUAUCACUCUCUCUUCCCAGUGUUCGUAGGAUGCUUCUUAGUUGCAUAUUACGAUUAGAACCAGUUCGGACGUCCGAUGACAAACAAUUAGCAAAAACGCUGGAUGGUUAUGUACAACAAGAUAUUAUUUAACUAUUCUAUUUCGGUUUGUGUUCCAUGUGUUAUGAAUGAUGCUUUACAUACGCCCUCCUUUUAGGAUAACAGUAUGAAAAGCGAAUCUUUUUCGCUGGUAUAACUGCUAACUUGGUGUAUAUGGGGUAAUAGUUAUCGUAACAUUAGUUCCUUUUUUUCUAACUAUCUACUGCCAGAAGCAAGCGAUGAAACGAUAAAUUUUCCAUAGAAUAUUACAUCGGAAAUUGCAGCAUCAUGCAGCAAGCACAACAACAGCGACCGUUGUCAAUCUUGUCCUGCCUAGCCAUUACUAGCCCUGGUUAUCUAUGUAGCUAUGGAUUUGUUCCUGUGAAUACAACUUUAAGAUAUAGAUUCCGUGUGACUUCCACUUCCACUCUGGCCCAAUAGCACACAGCGUUUGAAUGGUAGCUCCGACAAC